AUGGCGAGCCUUGCCUUCCGGACGCUGCCCUUCGUGAGCCUGACCAACAGCACUCGAGCUAUUCCGCAGCGCAUCGCCCACAACCACCGAUUUCCCCCUCGCCCCCGCCACAUCGCCAUGUCUUCCAUCUCUCGUGAAGUGAUCGCCACCGAGAAUGCUCCCGGGGCGGUGGGCGCGUACUCCCAGGCGAUCAAGGCCAAUGGAUUCGUCUAUAUCUCAGGCCAGGUUCCCCUGGUUCCCGGCGUCAACGCCGUGUACGGCAAGUACUUCCCCGUCGACCCCCCCGCGCGCGCCGCCUACGCCGUGCGCGACCUCCCCCUGGGGGCCAAAGUGGAGAUUGAGGCGGUGGCCCUUGCGCCGUGA